AUGCGAACACUGGAGAGAGCUGGUCUUGCAGGUGUCGACCUACUGAAGGCAGCGCAGGAGAUGAGCGAGUGGGUUGUGAAGGUGAGGCGGGAGCUACAUCAGCAUCCCGAGCUCAUGUACGACCUCAACGUCACGACGACCAUCGUGAAGCGACUACUAGAUGAGAUCGGAAUCCCUUACGAGUUUCCUGUCGGUAAGUCUGGGAUCGUGGGGCAGGUUGGAAGCGGGCUUGCACCUGUCGUUGCUCUGAGAUCAGACAUGGACGCCUUACCCGUGCAUGAGAAUCCCGAUGAAGAUACGCGUGGCUUUGCCUCGCUCACCGCAGGAAGAAUGCACGCUUGCGGGCACGAUGGGCACAUGUCCAUGCUUUUAGCUGCAGCCAAGCUGUUGAAGGAGCGGGAAAGUUUGUUGGUAGGAACAGUCAAGCUUGUGUUUCAACCAGCAGAAGAGGGAGGAGCUGGAGGGCUUGCGAUGGCUCUGGAUGGAGUGCUGGAGAAGCCUCAUCCCGUUGCGAUGAUGUUUGGCAUGCACCUCUGGCCUUGGAUUCCCUCAGGGACUUUUGCGAUGAAGGAAGGACGGAUGUUUGCAGCAGCCGGGACGUUUGAGGUUGCAGUGAGAGGUAAAGGAGGACAUGCGGCUGCUGGCAUCGGCGUUGAUGUCGUGGAUCCCGUCGUUGCUUCGGCUGCAAUCGUGACACAGCUUCAGAGCAUCGUGUCUCGCGAAGUGCACCCAAACGAGCAAGCGAUUGUGUCAGUGACGAAGAUAAAUGGAGGAGACGCGUAUAACGUCAUUCCAAAUGAAGUCGUGAUCGGUGGGACUCUUCGUGCAUUUUCUCGUGAUGUGUAUAAUCUGAUUGAGAGACGAGCCAAGGAAAUCAUCGAGCUCACUGCAAAAGCUCAUGCUGUCGAGCUUGCUCGGGUCUGCAUGGAGAUGCUGUACCCGCAUCCUGAUACCCACCCACAGGACGUGGCCAAGACUGUGGUAGAGCAAGACCGAGUGCUGGAGGCGAAGGCAACCAUGGGAGGCGAAGACUUCGCAUACUUUGCGGAGAAGAUUCCGUCCGCGUUCAUCUACAUCGGCAUUGGCAACGAGACCAAGCGCACGACAGCAGGAUUGCAUAGCCCCAACUUCAAGGUCGAUGAGAGUGCUCUUCCUCUCGGCGCUGCGCUGCAUGCAUCCCUUGCCGUCCGUGCUUUGGCCGAGCGAGGAGGGAUCAAGGACCUGACCAAGACUGACCUGUGA